AUGCCGUUUUCGACUGAGCAGCAACACGAUGAAUCCUCAUCAGACAAGAUAGAGCAGCAGGACGACACAAUACGGGAGAAUCCUCGCAGACAUGUUCCGCCGGAUGGAGGAUACGGAUGGGUUUGCAUGGUGGCAGUCUGUUUGAUCAACGCGCAUAGUUGGGGAAUCAUCAGUGUCAUCUUUCUUUCCUACUAUCUGGCCCACGAUGUGUAUCCCAACACUGGCCCCUUGGUCUACGCCUUCACAGGCGGACUGAGCAUCGCUUGUGGUCUCCUAGUCGCUCCGCUGGUUACGUUCCUCAUCCAAGUCGCAGGAACUCGGUUUGUCCUCAACGUUGGUAUUUUCUUCGAGACAAUAUCGCUCAUCGGUGCGUCCUUCGCCGUGGAACAAUGGCAUAUGAUACUGAGUCAAGGCGUUUGUUUCGGCAUCGGGAUGGGAUUCCUCUUUGUUGGGUCCGUUGGGAUCGUUCCCCAGUGGUUCCACAAAUAUCGUGGCAUUGCAAUGGGAGUCUCAUCAGUUGGGACUGGCUUAGGUGGCUUGAUAUACUCACUCGCUGUGGGCGUGAUGAUUCCCAGGCUAGGUCUGGCCUGGUCAUUUCGCAUUCUCGCCAUCAUUACGUUUGUCGUCAAUGGAAUAGCUGGGAAUCUGCUCAAAGAUCACAACCAAGCCAUCGGAGGACAUACUGCUGCCUUCCAUCUCCCAUUCUUCAGGCGUCCCCAAUUUAUUCUCUUUCUUGGAUGGGCGAUAUGCAGCGUGAUCACGUUUGUAGCGUUGCUCUUCACGGUAUCAGAUUAUGCCUUGUCAAUUGGCCUCAGCUCCCACCAGGCGAGUAUUGUUAGUGCUGUACUCAACCUGGGACAGACUGUUGGACGGCCAUGUGUAGGUCUAUGCAGUGACCGAUAUGGUCGGCUGAAUAUCGCUGCAUUAUCCACGUUUCUCUGUGGGCUCUUCUGCCUGGUCAUCUGGGUUUUUGUAAACAACAUGGGCGUCCUCUGUCUAUUUGUGCUAUUGGCUGGUGCUAAUUCGUGCACUUAUUUUGCAACGGUAUCGCCAGUCCUGGCAGAGAUUGUUGGACUCAAGGGUCUUUUGAGUGCUCUGAGCAUCAACUGGUUGUUUCUCGUUGGGCCAACGCUCUGCGCAGAGCCAAUUGCUCUUGUAUUGCGCAACCAGGGAUUUGGCAAUGGCUAUCUGCGAGUGCAGUUAUUGACUGGUUUCCUGUAUAUUGGCGCUGCGGCAUGUCUUUGGAUCGCUCGAGCAUGGAAGGUCUGUCAAGUGCGUCACUUUGGGAGAAAUUCUGAAAUCGGCACCGUGACGGAACAAAAGGGCCUGUGGGAUCUAGCUGGAAUAACCCGAGGAACCGUUUGUGUAAAAAGAGUCUGA